GAAUGGAGAGUUCCCUUUAGUUUGAGAGAUAAGGAGAAGUGGAUGGGCUAUCCUCCGUUCCGUGUACUUCUAAACCCAGAUGGACGGACGGACGGACAUGGACAGAGCUUCAGCGUAAAAUGUUGGAAGGAUAUCCUUGGAUCAUUGUCUUCAGUACAAUAUGGGGUGGGGGUGGUGUCCUUGGUGCUAUCUGAGCUUGUUUUCUUGCAGACGUUUCAUUACCCAAACUAGGUAACCUCAUCAGCACCAAGGACCCCUGAUCUCAACCCUGAGCUGCAAAUAUUGCCCUUAAUGAGUGCAUUUCCUUCCCUUUUAUUUCAUUGUCUUUAUGAAGGCGCCUCCCCCAGGGCAUUCAUUGUCUCGAGACGAGAUUAUGGAAACCUAUGGCCUAUGGCUGUUGGAAAUAUCAAGACUUUUCAUCUUCUGAUUAUCACCGCAAAAGGAAUAAGGAGUAAUUCUAGUCCCAUUAGCAGUUGAGGUUUCAAACAACAAUACGCUCGUAUCUAUGACAAGCCGGCCUUUUCUGAGGUCAUCAUUAGUAGGCCGUGGAAUGACAUCAUUAGGUGGUGACGAUUCCCGGGCGCCCCCAACGUGGAUCUGGGCAGGACGAUGGAGGCGGCUGAUGUUGGAGUCGUGAGUGCUUCUCCGAAGCUCCUCAUUUGCGAGGAUCUGAUGGUGGUUAGCGGCGGCACGAAGUUCUUCGCCGCUAAUUAUAAAGAGGCCAACAAUGAUGAUCUUUUCAUUUAUGACUGUAGUGCUGCAAGCAAAAAACUUCAAGAAAAACAAAAAAGUGAGGAUGGAAAGCCACUUGACAAAACAAAUAAUAUCCUUGCCUGUGCAUUUUCUUCAUCAGGGAAGUAUUUUGUUCUGACUGAUGACAACAAACAAUUAAUUCUUUUCUGCUCAAAGCCUUCCUGGAAAUGUCUGAGCAUAAGACCUGUCAUGAGAAGAUGUACCUCCCUGAUAAUAACAUCUGCAGAAGAUAAAAUUUUGGUUGCUGACAAAUCUGGCGAUGUAUAUUCUUAUUCAAUAAUAGAACCAAAAAAUGCAGGAACAAUUGAGCUUGGACACUUGUCUCUUUUGUUGAAUUUGACAUUGAGUCCUGAUGACCAAUAUAUUGUAACAGCUGAUCGAGAUGAGAAGAUCCGAGUUAGUUUGACUAAAGCACCACAUGUUAUAGUAUCCUUUUGCCUGGGUCACAGAGAAUUUGUCAGCACAAUAUUGGUACUGCCAAACCUUCCUGACCUUCUUUUAUCUGCCUCCGGGGAUGAUACAUUGAGGCUCUGGAAGUAUAAAAGUGGGAAAGAACUACAUUGCUUUCAAUUGAAUAAUUUGAAUAUAAAUGAAGCUGGUAAGAAUAAGAAGAAAUAUGCUGUGUCAAGAAUAGUUUAUUGUUGUGAAGGAAAUUACAUUGCCAUUUUAUAUGACUGUAUUCCUGCAGUAUCCAUCUUCCAGCUUGACGCCGAUACUCAGAGCUUAAUUUCUAAACAGCACAUAACCUUAAGCCACAAAGGUUGGGACAUUGCAUUUGAGGAAACAGGUGGGCUCUGGGUACUGCAGGAAAAUCAGCAAAUACCUCUUCUAUUCUACCAACACAAGGAUGGACAGUGGCAGCCUGUUAUUGACAAGAAAGAAUUAGUGAAAAUGUCCAAGUACAUAUGUAACUAUUGGAGAAUAUUUGAAGGUGCUAUGGACAAAGAGAGCUGCUUCCAAAAUCUCUACAAGGCUUCUUUUGAUAAUAUGUCCAUUUAUCUAAAAAAGAAAGAAGAGAGACUUCAGCAGCAGAAAAAUAAGAGGAAAGAUCCACAAUAUGAAUCAAGUGAACAGACCAAAAAAGUCAAAAGUGAAGAGUUGUCCUGAUAAUAUUCAUUGCUCAUCUCAUUUCUGAGUUUGGAAGAAGCCCAAUGGAAAACAAACUUUUCCUUAGGCAUAACUGAAAUUAAAUCUGCCUGGUGGUUAGUGUCAGUAUAUCUCACUCCUGACAAAUGGCAAAAGAACUAACCUGAUUAACAGGUCACAUCCCAGUACCUUUAAGUAACUUGUUUCUAAAUGUAUGGCUUUAAAAUGUUGCUUGAAUGACAGUGUUGCAAGUAAUACCUAGAAAAGAAUCAUAACAAAGAACUUUCUCCUCCAAAUACAGUUGCUCAGCUUUUCAUCCUCAGCCAAGAAUAUGCUUUCUCACAAUGUCAAAUGGACCCAAAUCAUUGCAUAGUGGCAAACCUCUACCCACCCAUCUUCUCCAGGAGUUGAGGCAAUAUAUACUGUAUACAAGUAGUCCUCAACUUAUCUCCACGAUUGAGGCCAGAAUAUAUGUUGCUAAGUGAGUUUUUUCCCGUUUUACAACUUUUCUGGUCACAUUUUGUUAAGUGAAUCAUUGCAGUUAAAUUAGAAACCCAGUUGUGACUCUGGUUUCCCCAAUGACUUUGUCAGAAAGUCUCAAGAUUAUCACAUGAUCUGAGGACAUUGCAACCAUUGUAAAUAUGAACCAGCUAUCAAGCAUCCAGAUGUCAAUCGCAUGGCCAUGGGGAUGCUGCAAUGGUCGUAAUGGUCCAUUGGUAGUUGUAAGUCACUUUUUUCAGUGCUGUUGUAACAGCAUGGUCAAGGAUUACCAGUAGUUAUAUAAGAAAGAAGCUGGCUUACUGCUAUAGUUCAUGGUCAAGCCCAAUUACCCUUGGAAUUUGGUAUCUGAAGAUUUUGUUGAGUUCACUAGUAGAUAUGAUCUACUGAAUCAUAGAAUCUAUCAGAAGGAAGCCCUUAAAAUGACUUAAUUCCAGUUGUCUUUAGUGCACUUUAAUAAGUAGAAACAAAUGAAGUGUUAAGAUAGUUUAUGAUAGCUAUAUUAUUACAACAAAUGGUGUCAGCAACAAGCUUCAGUGGUGCAAAAAUACACUAUCACUUCAUGUCACAAAUCUGCCAUUAAGUACUGACAUAAUAACAUCUCACUAGAACAUAAGUGGCAGUAUUUGUAUCAUGAUUGGCACUGUAGUUAAGUUGACCUCUUUUAACAAUGAAAAGGUAAAGGAGCCCUGUGAAUUGAUUUUACUCUGCUAGUCGUAGCGGACUACAGAGGGCUCUGCUUAUCUCCAUUUCAAGGCCAUUGAGCUAGUGCUGUCAAAGAUGUUUCCAUAGUCAUCUUGCCACACAAUUAUUCAUUUUAACAGUAAAGGAGUAAUAAACAUUUGGAACAUCUAUUUUAGACUGUAUUCAACCAAAGUGAAGUUUUCAAUUUUUUUAGACCAAAGCUUGCAAUUUGAUGUUAAUAACUGCAGUAUUUGAGUAAUAUUUGAUCAUCAUUAAAAUACCAGAUUUUGCUAUAUAGGUGAUAGCAAUUUGAAUGCACUUGAUCAGCCUCUUGUUUUGUGUAUUUAAAUCCCAAUUAGUUACAUGCAAAAUUAAGUGUAAAAUUCAGAUGAUUGUGGAUACUGCCACCAUUUCCUUUCCAAUUAUUUUGCAUAAAGAAAAUAGCAAUUUGAAAUAUUUGUAUAGAUUUUGAUGAUGCAGAGAACAAAGCCACAUGUUUUGAUGCCUGUCCAAUGGACAUAAUUUCUAUCCACAUGAGACAGAUUCCAGAAAAUCCAUGUAUUUUUAAAAAUUUGAUGCUCAGGUAGGUAGUUUAGUAUAGCUAGUUUUGUCUGGGUUAGUUUUAUAGAUGCUAUUUCAGGAUUUUGUUUUUGGAAUGUAUGGGUGGUUAAUAGAAAGUGAGAAGAGCAUUGUGGAAAGCAUUAGAUGUAAAUGGUUUGAGGCAGGAGUACAUGGAAUUGGGAAGUUGUUCUGUUUCAGGUCACACACAGACACAGUACUCAGAAGCUGAUUUAACAGCAGACAAUGUAAUUCAAAUGCCUAGCAGAAAGUGC